GUUAACUUCAACCUCGUUGUCGCGCCCUAUUCAAGUGACUCUUGUAAUCAGCAUUCACGACUUGCUCCCUUUUCACCCGCGAUCUCCACGACUUGGUUAUCUAUUUAAACGUAUCUCUGCCCCAGCUAUUUUCACUCUCACCUUUCUUUUCACUUACCCUAUGUUGCAAGAACCCUUGCCAAGCAUCAACCGCUGAAUCUGUCGGACCUUCCCCGAUCACAUAUCAACAAAGAAUCUGACUAUUUCUACUACUGCUCAAAACGUUCGGGAAGCCAGUAAGCCAUCAUGGCUGCGCCGCAGGACGCACCUGGUUUUCCUCCUCGAGUCUGGGAUCAGCUUCAGCAGACUUCUCAUCAACUAGCGCAACAACACAGAGGUAGCCAUCGUGGCCGUGGGCAGGGCAGAGGAAUGUCAUCGAUGCCUCAACCAAGUCACAAUCAGUAUCUUGUCCGGAACCAAACUGCGCCGCUCCAAAGCCAGCAGCUCCCGCCAUCUUCGAUGAGUAACGAGGCUUUCCCUCCGCUUGGGGCUUCGCGACCUCCAGCUCCUAGUAACAUGCCACCUCAACCCCAGUACCAACAGCCAGCCUAUCAUCAGGCCUACAACACUGUGCGCCAAGUUACUCCCAGGGAAUAUCAAGAUCGCGCUAGAGGCAAUUAUGGGGGCAAUGCUGGACAUUUUCGACCGCAACAAAAUCACUUUCCUGUCGCACCUAUGGCACCUAUGGCACCAGCCGCCGAGAAUUACCAGCAUCACGCUUACGGACGCCCUCCGCCACGCCACGCACGUCUGUUCAAUCCCAACUCCAGCAUGGGAUACGGCACUGUCGAACAGCAGCGCAAUCUGCGCCAUGUAAGAAUCAAGCAGUCCGACUACUUGAACAGUGUUGGCAGAAAGGCAUGUCCGGAGCACAGACUGAGCAGGGAGGAGUCUUUGGAGAAGGAGAGCUUCCGGCUCGAGCUUGAAGAAGUCGCAAGAAACGCACUCAAAUCCAAGUACCCCGAUCUCGACAUAAAGCAGGUGCAGCUAAAAUGCUACGGCAGCCUUGGGAACGGAUUCGCACUAGGUGGUUGUGACAUGGAUCUGCUCCUUGCUCUACCCAAAUGGUCAAAAGAAAUGAAGUCUUUUGGGGCGGUUGAUGGCACUAAUCCAGAGCAAGACUUGACUACGGACGACGAAGAUGACGAGCGCGCUUUCAACAUGGAAGUGCGUCGAGUGCUCGAGAAAGCAUACCUUGACCAAGGUUAUGGCGCCCGACUUCUCACCAAUACCCGCGUUCCUAUCUUACGCAUUUGCCAGAGUCCCAAUGCUGAGUUGCUUCAGAAUUUGCGCGACAAUCGUGCCGCUUGGGAGAAAUCUUCGUACGAAACGUCAGCCCCGGCAGUCGACUCAUCAGCUCCCAACCUGACAGAUUCACCUCCAGAUGUCGAAACAGUUGAACAAUCCCUUGCUGACCUCACGAUCUCCAACACUGUUCCCAGGGCCCCAAGCCCACACGGCAACACCGGCCUGGAAUUCACUGCAGACUGCGGUAUCCAGUGUGACAUCAACUUCACCAAUUUUGUUGCCCUUUAUAACACAGCCUUGCUGAAACUCUACCACGACUUCGAUAAGCGUGUUGGAGAGUUGGGGCUCUUUGUCAAAAUUUGGGCUAAGAUGAGAGACAUCAACACGCCUUACCAUGGCACUCUUUCAAGCUAUGGAUACAUCAUGAUGGUCCUCCACUAUCUCAUGAACGUGGCCUCCCCUCCCGUUAUCCCCAAUCUGCAACACUUGGUCACGUGUCAGGAUGACUGGUUUCCAGACUUGAAGGUCAAGCUGAUCGAAGGCUGCGACAUCCGUUACCUUUGCGAUCCGAGGAGCAUUGCAGAGGUGCGCCAGGAGAUGGCUUCCCGACCAAAUCGUGAGACUUCUGGUCAACUCCUGAGAGGAUUCUUCCAAUACUACGCGACCCGUGAAGGGUUUCAUUGGACCCGGGAUGUCAUUUCAAUCAGACGCAAAGGUGGCAUUGUAUCCAAACAGGAGAAGGGAUGGACUGAGGCCAAGUGGGUACAAAAGGGAGACAAUCAUGUCCGUCUACGCUACCUACUAGCCAUCGAGGAUCCGUUCGAGGUCGACCAUAACAUUGCUCGGACAGUUGGUCAUAACGGACUCGUCGCAAUCCGGGACGAGUUUCGCCGAGCUUGGUCGAUCAUCGAAAGGGUCGGCGCAGGCGAGGAUGUCUCGGUGGACGAGUUUCUAGAGCCUGUCACGGACCGAGCCGAUACUUUGAGAAAGGAUUUGGAAUUCCACCGGCAAAAGCAAAAGGAGCUGAAGGCGGCCCUGGAAGCCAAGGAGAAGGCGCUGCUCGAUCAAGCGAAGACGUCAGGCGCCGAAGAAGCUCUAGAUGGUCAAAUCGAUGGUACGUUGGGGAAUUCUGACCAUGGAAAAGUGCAGUCUUGCUCCUCUGGACGAAGCAGUCGCCAAUCCUCAAGUUCAAAGCUGACAUCCACGACCUCAUGCCAGGACAAUCCCACGCACCAGCCCCGGAAAAGCUGGCGAUACAGGAAGGUCAUAGCUGACAGUGAGGACAGUGAAGAUGAGGAGAGCGGUCCGGAGGUGGAUGGUGACAUGAAUAAGGCUUCCAGACUCUGCAACCACAAGUCAGCUGCGUCAGAACCCGACCCAGAGACACCUAGGCCGACCGAACAUUUGUGCUCUCCUGAGGAUGUCCUUCUGGCUCAAGGCCUCGAUAUCGAUGGGAACCCUGUGGCAUGGGACGUUGAUACUCAGGACGGGCGCUGGCUACAUUGGAGGGACUGCAAGAUCAGGCAGGGAAAGCCCCUCAAUUUUGUAAAACCUUCCUUGCGCAAACUGCAUGAGCAAUGUCCUUUUCAUCUUGAUCGACCCAACCCAUACAUCGGUAAACCGUACAGGGACCGAUUCGAGCGGAUGAGAAUGAACCAUCCGCCUUGGCCUGCAAACGGUUCGGAACACGAACCUUCAAGGAUGGGCUCGGCUCAGGAGGAAUCGGCUGAGAGCAUGUCAACCCCGACUCCUGCCGAAGCUAGUUUAUCUCACGGUGAUACGACUAGCCCUGGGACUAUCUCGACAAAUUGCCAGUCAGAGCCUGCCGGAAGAAAUGUUGUCGGCGAAAUCAUUCAAUGGGACACAACAACACGUGGUGGCGAUUUCUUGCGUUUCCGUGAUAGGCGUCUGCGUCAGGGUAGAUGGGUACACCACCAGCGGUCUCAAUAUACGGAAAUUGACCAGGCUUUCCCUUACAAUCCUGAGAUGACACAUGACGAGCUGGAAAAGAAAAACGAGAUAUUGCGGAUGUUUUACACGUUUACGCUCCAUCGUUGCAAAGUGCCUGAUCGUGCCAAAGUCAAAGACACUGCAAAAGAAUCUCAAGGUACUGGCUCCGAUGCUCAGGCGUCAGUGCUCAACGUGGCACAGUCCGCGGACACAAGCAGCCGCGAUGCAACCACUCCUACGACCGUGAGCAGUCGCGACCCUCCGAUCGAGGAUAAAACCACUUCACAGAGUCCCGAGUCUAAUCUUCCUCCUUUGCAGACAGUCUUAACGCACAACAUCGAUAUCCUGCAAGAAGUGUCUACUGCACCUCCUAGCCACGGAGCUCUUGAGUCUAGAGCAAACAUGCCUGCCACUCCAAGUCCCGGACAGCCUGGUGAACUCGAUGCGAAGUUUAUUCGAGCGCAGCGGCUGGCCUUUUUUGCGAAGCAAGCUACCGCAUCGUCAGCAGGUGACGGUGAGACGAAUUCUCGGUUCUUUUAUCAGAGCGUCAAGGACGAUCCAGAAAGAGUGUCUGUUCGGUCUCCUAAAUCGCACAUUCCGGCUUAUCCAAUGAACCAUGGUGAAACCCCUUCUCCAUCUAGGGAGGCGUCGGCGGCCGGAGGUUCUGGUAUGUUCAACAAGCCAAGCUACGCACAUGGCCAAGGUGUUGAAAAUGCAGAACCGGGGCGAUCGGAUAAUAGUCUACCACAGGAUAACAGCAGUGACUCUGUCCAGCUAAGGAUCCGCAAUCCUGCUUCUCUGAAAGUUCCGGAAAUAUUGUACCCCAGUCUGGACUCCAGCGAGCAACCAAGAGAUGAACAUCGCCAGGUCAUGCCCAUGCCAAUCUCGCAAACGUUGGGAUUUCCAUUCGACGCAAGACAGCUGCGCGACCUGGCUGUAAUCGCACAAGGCGGCAAUGGUUGUGCUAGGGAUGGGGCCGAGUUCAGCAUUGAGUCUGACUAUGAACCUGGUGGCGGAGGUAUGAUGGGCCAGCGAACAAGUACCGGUCAGGAACAAUCUGAUGGUCUCGAACAGACUGGCGAAGAUGGCGACACCGACUCUUUCCACACUGGCAGAGGGGAUGUAGAAGGAUUGCUUGGUGAGCUUCCAGGGGAUGUCGCUUCGAGUGUUUGAUUGGUCAAAGGUUCUUUUCCCACGGCAGUACUGUUUGGGAUGACGGUCCUGGAUCUAAGGACACGGCGGCUUUCAUGUUGACCUUGCUUUACUGCUUUACGGUUUCAGUGGCAUAUGGACAGGAGCUCAGAAGGUCGAUGCUCCAAGGAAACGUGGUUCUGGUAUGCAGUGAAUCGUUCCUUCUUUGAGGAUCGACCGGGAUUCCUGGCCAUGUUCAUCCUCUUUUCGGCCCUCAACGUCCAUUGUAAUAGAGUAGGCAGACAUUGAUGCGUUUUCAGACCGGAGACAGCGGAGGGCUUGUCAUCUGUAGUUACCAUUAUUCCUAAAACUCCAAUGUUACCUUGACCACUGCGGAUGAA